GGCUGUGAAAGCGCCCUUCUAGUGUUGUGGUGGAUGCGGAAAUAGACAUCUGUAAGCAUGGCAGCUCGUAAUAACAUAUCAAUAUAAAUAUCAAUGAAAUUGCUUUCUACGAAUUUUUCAUAAUAGGCGAUGCAAUUAUGUGAUUACAUUUUUUACUUACCCGCAUGAUGGAUCCCAGUGGAACCGAAACACCUUGCAUAGCUUGCAAAGAUUUCACGUUUGAAGACAAGAAAAACACACAGGAGUCACUUUCCGUUUCCAUACCUGAGGUUCUUGAUCCACAAUAUGGGAUGUAUGUGUGGCCCUGUGCAGUGGUGCUGGCUCAGUAUCUAUGGACACAAAGAGAAGAGCUGAGACACAAGAUAGUGCUGGAGCUUGGUGCAGGUGUGAGUCUACCAGGUGUGGUGGCUGCCAGGUGCGGUGCAAAGGUGAUCUUGUCUGACAAUGCUAAGACUCCACUGUGUCUGGAGAACUGCAGGCGCAGCUGUGAAGCCAAUACCCUCCAUGAUGUGGGAGUGUUGGGCAUCACCUGGGGGGAAGUCUCACCUGAUCUUGUUCUGCUUCCUAAACUGGACAUCAUCUUGGGAUCGGACGUCUUCUAUGAGCCACAGGAUUUUGAAGAUGUCCUCCUGACUGUUGUAUUUCUUCUAAGAAAAAACCCCAGAGCUCAGUUCUGGACCACAUACCAGGAGAGAAGUGCCGACUGGUCGAUUGAAGCGUUGCUCCACAGGUGGAAGCUGAACUGUGUCAACAUUCAGCUGGAAACAUUUGAUGCAGAUAAAGCUGAGCUGGCUGGAUCGACUCUUCCAGGAAACAAAAGCAUUCUCAUGAUGAUCAUCACGCUGAAGACAGAGGAUGUUGGACUGUAAACGUUUCCCCAGAGGAAAUAACAAGAUGUUGAUCACAUUAUCCAGACGGGUCUGUUUGACAUCAAACUCAGGAAAAACUGAGACUAGUUGUGUCUACAGUGUUUAAAUGUUGUGAGUGAUUACAGGAAUAAGAAAAUGUCUUUAUCAUAGAAGAACGUAGAGAGAGUAAUAUAAGACAUUAUUAAACAUGUGGGCCUAUAGUUCUAAAGAAAAGUCACAUUUUAUACAUUUAAUAAAAGUGUGUUUAAAAAAAAUCCAGAUUAGU